GCAGAUGAGUUGGAUUACACCUUUAAAAGGCUGGUGGACGGACUGGCUCACACACGAGAGGCCGCGAGACCUGGAUUCAGCCUGGCUCUGGGACAGGUCUUAAGUGCUUUUGGAGACGUUACCCUGCAGAGUAUACUCGACAGAAUCAAAGAAAAGUACAAUGUGCAGACGGUGAAAAAGAAACUUUUCAGAAAUGCUUUGUUUGGAAACUUGUUUGGUGUCCUCGCACUUCAUCAGUCUGGUCGCCUCUCUAAAGAGCCGCAGGUGGUGCUGGGAUGUGUGCAGCUCCUGCAGAGCCUCAGUCAGCGCAGACAACACCUGAAGGACCUGCCCACUAAGACCAUGACGGACAUCCUCAAUGAGAUCCCAGAGGCGGUGUUUGAGGAGGUGCUGCUGAGCUCUUUGCAAACUGAACUGGCAUCAGCGUUCAGUACUCCGGAGCAGCUGCAGCUGCUGCUGGUCGCUCUGCAGCGUUUCCCACAAACCCUCAAACCCAAGAAACUCAAGAAGCUGCUGGGCUCCUCGACCAUCAUCAACGCCGACAACAUCCCCAA